AUGUCUCAGUCCACUGCCAUUGAUGCUUACCACACCACACUGAUUUCUCGGCCUGCUGAUUGUAGUUGGUGUUGCAUCUCUUCAGUGCGGCAACGGUGUCUGAAAAUGCUAUGCCGACGACAUCCGGUUCAGUGGUCAGCAGCUCUUCGAAGGCAAGGUUAUCGAACCAUGCCCAGCCCUACUUUUACUGUAACAUACAAUUUCCAACAAAUAAGUGUAAGUAGACAAAAGAGGAGUGGGAAAGGGGAUGUGCCAUUGAGAUUCAAAUUAGAGACCAGUCAUCUACAAGCAAAUGUGGUCAUUCUUCUUUCACCUAGUACUUAG